UUAAUAUAUAUAUUUAUAUAUAAUAUUGAAAAGUUUCUAAUAAAACAUGUUGAAAUUUCGUACUCAAGGAUAUAAUGGAUAUUCGUUACAAUUUAGUCCAUUUUUUGAAAAUAAAAUAGCAUGUGCUACAUCAGCAAAUUUCGGGUUGGUUGGUAAUGGAAAAUUAUUCGUUUUAAAUACUGGAGUUGGACCUAGUGGUAUUGAAGUUGAAAGAAUUUAUGAUACACAAGACGGAUUAUAUGAUUGUUCGUGGAGUGAAAUUAAUGACAAUCAAAUAGUAACAGCAAGUGGUGAUGGAUCUAUAAAAUUAUGGGAUAUCACAUUAACAGAAUUUCCAAUUCAAAAUUGGCAUGAACAUAAUAGAGAAGUAUUUUCGGUACAAUGGAAUUUAAUUAAAAAGGAUACUUUUGUUAGCGGUUCAUGGGAUCAUUCAAUAAAAUUGUGGACGCCAGAUAGACCGCAAUCAUUGACAACAUUUAAUGUGGAACAUACAAAUUGUGUAUAUAAUACAAUAUGGUCACCUUAUAAUCCAGAUUUAUUUGGUUCAGCAUCAGGAGAUCAAACUAUAAAGAUUUGGGAUAUAAAACUUCCUCAUUCAAUACAAACAAUAAUUGCACAUCCAGGAUUUGAAGUUCUUUCAAUGGAUUGGAAUAAAUAUCAAGAAAAUAUGAUAAUAACUGGUUCAACUGAUAAAACUAUUAAAGUAUGGGAUUUAAGAAGAACUGAUCAUGAAUUAUUAUGUUUAAGAGGUCAUGAAUAUGCUGUAAGAAGAGUAAAAUGUUCUCCACAUAAUAGUAAUAUAAUUGCUAGUGCAAGUUAUGAUAUGACUAUGAGAUUAUGGGAUAUUUCAAGACAAAGUAAUCCUUUAAUAGAAGUUUAUGAUGGUCAUACUGAAUUUGUAUUAGGUUUAGAUUAUAAUUUAUAUAUUGAAGGUCAAAUUGCUACUUGUGCUUGGGACGAGAAUAUUCAUAUUUUUCAACCUCCCGCUUUAUCGGGUUAAGAUUAAUCCUUCCUGAGGCAGAAGGUUUUCCAAAUUUUUCAGCAAAAAUACUUGAAGCUUUCCAAUUUAUUCCUCUUGCCUGGAUGUG